GGAGACCAGGGACAAGAGGCGACUGUGAGACAAUUUCUCCGCUUUCAGACAGUUUUGACUGACGUCUGACAUUUUUCUAUGAAGGAAUCUAUUUUGAUACCCCGUGAAAACUGAGGAUGUCUUUGAAUGAAGAGGGUUACGUGGUUCGGAUCAGAGGACUACCCUGGUCCUGCACGCAGGAGGAGGUGGCCAGUUUCUUCUCCGACUGUGACAUUGUGGGGAAAGUAAACGGAGUGUGUUUCACCUACUCUAAAGAAGGCCGUCCCAGUGGAGAGGCAUUUAUUGAACUGAAAACAGCAGAGGAUUUCAAGAAUGCCCUUUCCAAGGAUCGUAAAUACAUGGGACACCGAUACAUAGAGGUGUUCAAGUCAAACCGUAGUGAAAUGGACUGGGUGCUGAAACGUAGCGGUCCUGCUGACUAUGACAGCUGCAGUGGCUGCAUGCUGAGACUUAGAGGCCUGCCCUUUGGCUGCAGCAAGGAGGAGAUUGUUCAGUUCUUCUCAGGGUUGAGAAUCGUGCCAAAUGGGAUUACUCUGCCAGUGGACUACCAGGGGAGGAGCACAGGGGAAGCCUUCGUGCAGUUUGCCUCAAAGGAGAUAGCAGAAAAGGCUCUGGGGAAACACAAGGAAAGAAUAGGGCACAGGUAUAUAGAGAUUUUUAAGAGCAGCCGUAAUGAGAUCAGAGCCUAUUAUGAGCUGCCCCGGCGGGGGAUGGGAGGCCAGAGACCAGGGCCCUACGAUAGACCCAUGAUGGGGGGCCCGAGAGGAGGGUUUUUUGGCCCGGGGCCUGGCCGCGGUGGGACCCUUAUGGAUACCAUGAGGAGCGGAGGAGGUUAUGGAGGAGGUUACAGUGGCUUUGACAGCUACAAUGGUUUCAGCAACUACUGUUUUGGCAACGGCAUGUUUGAUGAGCGAGUGAGAGGAGAGAGGGGAGGAAGAGGGAUGGGAGGCCACGGUUAUGGUGGUCAAAGUGAUGGUGGCUCAGGCUUUCACAGCGGCCAUUUUGUUCAUAUGAGGGGUCUACCUUUCCGUGCCACAGAGGGAGACAUUGCUAAGUUCUUCUCUCCUUUGAAUCCACUGAGGGUCCACAUUGAUGUGGCUCCUAACGGCAAGUCGACCGGAGAGGCAGAUGUGGAGUUUCGCUCCCACGAAGAUGCUGUGGCAGCCAUGUCCAAAGACAAGAACCACAUGCAGCAUCGCUAUAUUGAGCUGUUUCUCAACUCAACAGCCAGCGGAGCAGCUGAAAUGAGUCGUGGCAGCGGUGGUUACUAUGGUAACUCAGGAGGGGGUGGAGGCUCACGGAGCAGCGGGUUGCGAGGUGCAUACUGAUGAAAUCAUCCCACUCUUCCAAUCCAUCCUGGCGUUUGUCUCACGUCUCUUUUAGGCCACAUUUACUCAAAUAAUGUUUCCGAGCUGGAAAACUAAUACGAAGUCACUCGUUUAUGUCUCAGCUGUACUUUUUACUGUGGGGUCGUAAUAUAACUUCACCUAAGAUACUACAAACAGACCAACUAUGACCUUAACAAGCACUAUUAUCACACCCAUUCCUAAAAGCAUAUGAAGAACAAAACAACUUGUCAAUAUUAAAAUGUUGGAGCUGUUGUAGGUGCUGAACAUGGUCGAUGGUUCAUUGUUUAUCUUAUAUUUUUAAAGUUGGAUAUUGUAAGUAUAGUUUUUCAUUAAGUACAUCUUCUCCGGUGAUGUAAGAGAAAUUAAAUGCUUAUUUAUUUCCCCAGAGUUUUGAAUUGCAUUGAAAGGGCAGUAGCUGAAUGUGUUAGUUUUUAGUGACUUACUUACUCAGCUACUCAGCUCACCCGUUGGCAGGAGAUGUAAAACAGUGCAGAGGCAGCAGGGAGGCAGACCUUCAGCUGUAGAAUUUUGUGCGAUACAGAAGAAUGGAAAGAUUCUGAUUGUCAGUGCAGUGCCAGGACCGAGCAUGGUCACUUUGAAUCCGGUCACUUGAUGGUAACACUGCUUUGGCCUGGAUUAUGCGUUGAAGUAAAUGAUGCUCUGUAGGAGGCCGAGCUGGGACAAGCAAUGUCAAAACAAGCAACUUUAGGUAAGACAUUCAGAUAUUUAAAAAAAAAACCAA